UUGCUAUAUUGAUAAGUUGUUUGCAAGAACUUCCUCCCCCCUCGUUUCUUACUCACCAUGCCUGAACUUUCCCCUAUAUCCCACACAUACACACUCUCACACACAGGGUCAUCUCUUAACUGGCAGAGAGCUGGUUGUAUGUCAGGCAGUUGUAAAGUGGAGAGCAUUGAGUACUAUGCGUACGCAGGUCUGGAGACUGGCUGUCUGUUUCAAGUUAAAUACUUACAAAAAUCAAAGGGACCAUCAUCUAAUUUUACAGGAGGUAGCAAAAGUUUGCAGGCAUAUGUAAAGUCUCCCAGUCCACAAAUAUUUGUAGGCUAAAUUACCUCUGCAAUGGCCUGUACAUUUACAGCACUAUUACAAAUAUGCUAACAGAUGCUAUUACAAACACCUAACAGCCACUGUUCAGAGGAUCAACCAUCUCCUCCAAUGGACCCGGAAACAGCAAGCACCUCAACAGGAAGUGAGGAGAUUCCUCAAUCAACCAAUAGUAAUCCCACAGACCAAUCACAAGUCAUUGAAGAAGCAGCCUCCAACUCUGUUCCAGUGCCUACUAAUAAGUCUGUUAGGCCCAGGUUUGGUGCAGGUGUUCAGGCUAAAGAGAGGCUUAAGUUUAUUUUGGGAGCUUCUGAGGAUAACUCCUCCGAUGACGAACCUUUGUUUGUGGGGCAGGGUGCCAGAUCUCAGCCCAAGGCACCACCCACCAUCAUAUCCGAAGCACCCCCUGUCCUGGCUCCUCCUUGCAGAUUGAGGCCUAGCAUGUCAGCCCCCCACCUGCUGAAAAAGGGCAAAGAACACAGAAAGAUGGAUGUGCCGAGAGACUUCACUGUAGCCUCUCCGGCUGAGUUUGUCACUCGUUUUGGUGGAAACCGCGUUAUAGACAAGGUGCUGAUUGCCAAUAAUGGCAUUGCUGCAGUUAAAUGCAUGCGUUCUAUUCGCCGCUGGUCCUAUGAGAUGUUCCGUAAUGAGAGAACCAUUCGCUUUGUGGUGAUGGUCACACCUGAAGACUUGAAAGCUAAUGCAGAAUAUAUUAAAAUGGCAGAUCACUAUGUGCCAGUCCCCGGGGGCCCAAAUAACAACAACUAUGCCAAUGUUGAGAUGAUAAUUGAUAUUGCCAAAAGGAUUCCAGUGCAGGCUGUAUGGGCUGGAUGGGGCCAUGCUUCUGAGAACCCCAAACUACCUGAGCUCCUCCAUAAAGCAGGGAUAUCUUUCUUAGGGCCAUCCAGUACAGCCAUGUGGGCAUUAGGAGAUAAGGUUGCAUCUUCCAUAGUAGCUCAGAGCGCAGACAUUCCCAUCCUACCCUGGAGCGGAACAGGCCUGAGGAUUGAAUGGGUAGAAGAAAAUCAAAGACAUGGUCACGUGAUCAGCGUUCCUCCUGAACUUUAUGAGCAGGGCUGUGUUAAAGAUGUGGAUGAAGGACUAGCGAGUGCUGAGGAGAUUGGCUACCCUGUAGUCAUCAAAGCUUCAGAGGGAGGGGGUGGAAAAGGCAUCAGAAAAGUGGAUAGUGCUGAAGACUUUCCCAGCUUCUUCAGACAGGUGCAGGCUGAGGUGCCAGGUUCACCGAUUUUCAUCAUGCAGCUAGCUGAGCAUGCACGCCACUUGGAGGUUCAGAUCCUGGCAGACCAGUAUGGUAACGCGAUCUCUCUGUUUGGAAGAGACUGCUCCAUCCAACGGCGCCACCAGAAGAUCAUAGAGGAAGCUCCUGCCACCAUCGCCUCCACCAGCACCUUUGAGCAAAUGGAGCGGUAUGCAGUGCGUCUGGCUAAAAUGGUGGGUUAUGUGAGUGCUGGUACGGUGGAGUAUCUGUUCUCAGAGGAUGGAAGUUUCCAUUUCCUGGAGUUGAACCCCCGGCUGCAGGUGGAGCACCCCUGCACUGAGAUUAUAGCUGACGUCAACCUUCCUGCUGCACAGCUACAGAUAGCGAUGGGAAUCCCUCUUUAUAGAAUUAAGGAUAUCCGUGUACUGUAUGGUGAAGCGCCAUGGGGAGAUACACCCAUUAACUUUGAGUCUCCAGACUACGUCCCCUGUCCAAGGGGACAUGUCAUAGCUGCACGCAUCACCAGUGAGAACCCAGAUGAGGGCUUCAAGCCAAGCUCAGGCACAGUUCAGGAGCUGAAUUUCCGUAGCAAUAAGAACGUGUGGGGCUACUUUAGUGUAGGAGCAACCGGAGGUCUACAUGAGUUUGCUGACUCUCAGUUUGGACACUGUUUCUCCUGGGGCGAGAAUCGAGAAGAGGCCAUCUCGAACAUGGUGAUGGCAAUGAAGGAGCUGUCAAUCAGGGGAGAUUUCAGGACCACAGUGGAAUACCUUAUUAAACUACUGGAAACAGAAUGUUUUAGGAACAAUGACAUCGAUACAGGCUGGCUGGACCACCUUAUUGCAGAGAAAGUACAGGCAGAGAGGCCAGACACAAUGUUAGGUGUGGUAUGCGGAGCUCUACAUGUUGCUGACGCCAGUUUCAGAGAGAGUAUGUCUGACUACCUGCAUUCACUGGAGAGGGGUCAGGUGUUACCUGCUGCUAGUCUGGUUAACACUGUGAAUGCUGACCUGAUCUAUGAAGGAGUCAAAUACUGCCUCAAGGUGGCCCGCCAGUCACCCAACACAUAUGUUAUCAUUAUGAACGGUUCAGAUAUCGAGGUUGAUGUCCAUAGACUCAGUGAUGGUGGUCUACUCCUUUCCUAUGGUGGCAGCAGCUACACAACCUACAUGAAGGAGGAAGUAGACAGCUACCGCGUUACAGUGGGCAACAAAACGUGUGUGUUUGAGAAGGAGCGAGACCCCACGGUGCUCAGGUCGCCCUCUGCUGGCAAGCUGUUGCAGUAUGUUGUGGAUGAUGCGUCUCAUGUUUUGGCUGGGCAAGCUUGUGCUGAGAUUGAGGUUAUGAAAAUGGUGAUGACCCUGCAUGUCCAGCAGUCUGGAUGCAUUCACUUUAUAAAAAGACCAGGAUCAGUUUUAGAGCCUGGCUGUGUAGUGGCUCGAAUGGACUUGGAUGACCCCAGCUGUAUUCAUCCGGUGAAGCCGAACACAAAGGUGUUACCUCCUCAGGAGCCUUUACCUAUUGUAGGGGAAAAGCUUCACCAGGUGUUCCACAAUGUUCUGGAGAACCUGGAUAAGAUUAUGGAUGGAUACUGUCUUCCAGAGCCAUACUUCAGCGAAAAACUGAAGAAGUGGGUGGGCACACUGAUGAAGACAGUGCGGGAUCCAUCUCUGCCUCUUCUUGAACUGCAGGAGAUCAUGACCAGCAUUGCGGGUCGUAUACCGAUUACUGUAGAGAAGGCAAUUCGAAAGGUCAUGGCACAGUACGCCAGUAACAUUACUUCUGUGCUCUGUCAGUUCCCCAGUCAAAGGAUAGCCAAUGUUCUUGACAGCCACGCUGCCACGCUCCAGAGAAAAGCAGAUCGAGAGGCUUUCUUCAUGAACACUCAGAGUAUUGUGCAGCUGGUUCAAAGAUACCGAAGUAGCAUUAGAGGCUAUAUGAAAUCAGUGGUGCUGGAUCUGCUAAGACGUUACCUUCAGGUGGAGAUGCAGUUUCAACAAGCUCACUAUGAUAAAUGUGUUAUCAACCUCAGAGAGCAGUAUAAGCCUGACAUGACUCCAGUACUGGAGUGCAUCUUCUCCCAUGCUCAGGUCUCCAAGAAGAACGUCUUAGUCACCAUGCUCAUAGACCAAUUGUGUGGGCGGGACCCUACUCUUGCUGACGAGCUCAUGGUGAUUUUAAAUGAGCUUACACAACUCAGUAAAAUGGAAAACUCUAAAGUGGCCCUUCGGGCCAGACAGGUGUUGAUUGCCUCUCAUUUACCUUCAUAUGAACUAAGACAUAACCAGGUGGAAUCCAUCUUUCUAUCAGCUAUUGAUAUGUAUGGGCAUCAGUUCUGUCCUGAGAACCUCAAGAAACUCAUCCUCUCUGAGACCUCUAUAUUUGACGUCUUGCCUAGUUUCUUCUACCACAACAACCGUGUGGUUUGCAUGGCAGCCUUAGAGGUGUAUGUACGAAGGGGCUACAUAGCUUAUGAGCUUAACAGCCUUCAGCAUCAUCAGCUGCAGGAUGGGACAUGUGCUGUGGACUUCCAGUUCAUGUUACCUACAUCCCACCCCAACAGAGGGAGCAGUCCUACUUUGAACAGAUUGUCUGUUCCAAUUAAUGGAUCGGGGGAGUUUGAGUCAAUGCGUCGACAGGACAGUGAACUCUUCCUGGAGGGGGAGCUGUCACCCCCCUGUCAGAGGAUGGGAGCCAUGGUCGCCUUCCAUAGCUUUGAUCACUUCAAGAGGUGUUUUGAUGAAGUGAUCUUCCGUUUUGCUGAUCCACUGUGUGAAAGCUCUCUGUUCUCUGAGGCCUAUUCUGGCUUUUGUGAUGAGGAGAACUGUAAGAACAAGAAGGAAAACCCCAUUCAUAUCAUAAAUGUGUCACUCAAACAAGCUGACACUGAAGAUGAUGAUGCUUUAGUCACGGCUUUCACAGCCUUUGCUCAGUCCAAAAAAGCUCUGCUCUUUGAGUAUGGAAUCAGAAGGGUCACAUUUUUAAUUGCACAAAAGCGAGAGUUCCCUAAGUUUUUCACCUUCAGGGCCAGAGAUGAAUUCCACGAGGACAGAAUCUACCGUAAUCUGGAGCCUGCUCUGGCAUUCCAGCUUGAGUUAAAUCGCAUGCGUAACUUUGAUCUGACGGCUGUGCCCUGUGCCAACCACAAGAUGCACUUGUAUCUGGGUGCUGCCCGUGUGGACGUGGGGGCAGAGGUCACCGACUAUCGUUUCUUCAUCAGAGCAAUUAUCCGUCACUCUGACCUCAUCACCAAGGAGGCCUCAUUUGAGUACCUGCAGAACGAAGGAGAGAGGCUGUUGCUAGAGGCAAUGGAUGAGCUGGAAGUGGCCUUCAGUAACACGCCCACUCGCACUGACUGCAGCCACAUCUUCCUCAACUUUGUGCCAACUGUUAUCAUGGACCCCUCUAAGAUAGAGGAGUCUGUCCGCUCUAUGGUGAUGCGGUAUGGCAGUCGUUUGUGGAAGCUGCGUGUGCUUCAGGCUGAGCUGAAGAUCAAUAUCCGUCUCACCACCACCGGAGAUGCCAUUCCCAUUCGCCUCUUCCUCACCAAUGAGUCUGGUUACUACCUGGACAUCAGCCUCUACAAGGAGGUCACUGACUCCACUACUGGACAGAUAAUGUUACAGUCAUAUGGCGACAAACAAGGUCCUCUGCACAGCAUGCUAAUCAACACUCCAUAUGUCACAAAAGACCUGCUGCAGGCCAAACGCUUCCAGGCUCAGACCCUUGGCACCACGUAUGUCUAUGAUUUCCCAGAGAUGUUCAGACAGGCUUUGUUUAAGAUUUGGGGCCCAGGAGACAGCUACCCUAAAGAUGUGUUGAUGUGUAAUGAACUGGUCCUGGAUUCUCAGGACAGACUUGUACAGAUGAACAGGCUACCUGGAGACAAUGAAGUUGGAAUGGUGGCAUUCCGGAUGAAGAUGAAAACUCCAGAGUACCCAGAGGGCCGGGAUAUUAUUGUUAUCUGUAAUGAUAUUACUUAUAUGAUUGGCUCAUUUGGACCUCACGAGGAUCAGCUGUUUUUACGGGCAUCGGAGCUGGCCAGAGAAGAGGGCAUUCCACGCAUCUACAUCUCAGCCAAUAGUGGAGCUCGAAUCGGCCUGGCAGAGGAGAUCCGCCACAUGUUUCAGGUGGCAUGGAUUGACCCUGAUGAUCCCUAUAAGGGUUUUAAGUACCUCUAUCUGACCCCUCAGGACUACACACGCAUUAGUUCCACUAACUCUGUGCACUGUCACCAUGUAGAAGAAGGAGGAGAGUCCAGGUACAUCAUCACAGACAUCAUUGGGAAGGAAGAGGGGCUUGGAGUGGAGAACCUGAGGGGUUCAGGCACUAUUGCUGGAGAAACUUCUCAGGCCUAUAAGGAGGUCAUCACCAUAAGCAUGGUCACAUGUCGUGCCAUAGGAAUUGGGGCAUAUCUUGUGCGUCUUGGGCAGAGAGUUAUUCAAGUGGAAAACUCCCACAUCAUCCUGACUGGGGCAGGAGCACUAAACAAGGUGCUGGGUCGAGAAGUCUACACCUCCAAUAACCAGCUCGGAGGGGUUCAGAUCAUGCACAACAAUGGAGUGACGCACACCAUCGUGCCUGAUGACUUUGAAGGGGUGUUUACCAUCCUACAGUGGCUUUCUUACAUGCCAAAGAACAAUCAAAGUCCAGUCCCGAUAAUGCCUUCCACCGAUCCAGUAGAUAGGCCGAUAGAUUUCAUUCCCACUAAAACCCCUUAUGAUCCUCGUUGGCUGCUCUGUGGACGACCCCAUCCCAUUUCGAAGGGAGUGUGGCAGAGUGGAUUCUUUGACCAUGGUACUUUUAUGGAGGUGAUGGCAGCCUGGGCUCAGACAGUGGUAGUGGGUCGAGCCAGGCUUGGUGGGAUUCCUCUUGGGGUUAUUGCUGUGGAGACCCGCACUGUUGAGGUUGCUAUUCCUGCAGACCCAGCCAACUUGGACUCGGAAGCCAGGCUCCUUCAGCAGGCUGGUCAGGUAUGGUUCCCAGACUCUGCCUAUAAAACUGCACAGGCAGUAGAGGAUUUUAACAGGGAAAAACUUCCACUUAUGGUGUUUGCUAACUGGAGAGGCUUCUCUGGAGGAAUGAAAGAUAUGUAUGACCAGGUCCUGAAGUUCGGUGCAUAUAUCGUUGAUGCUCUGCGAGAGUUCAGUCAGCCUGUACUUGUCUACAUCCCUCCCCAUGCUGAGCUGAGAGGGGGAUCAUGGGUCGUCAUUGACCCCACUAUCAACCUUCAACACAUGGAGCUCUAUGCAGAUCGAGAAAGCAGAGGGGGUGUUCUGGAGUCAGAGGGCACAGUGGAGAUAAAGUUCAGAAAGAAAGAUCUGCUGAAGACCAUGCAAAGGAUUGAUUCGGUGUCAUCCCGCCUGGCUGAGCAGCUUGGCAAGCCGGAUUUGUCCGUCCAGGAGCGUAAAGAUUUGGAGGCCAAACUGAAGUUCAGAGAGGAGUUCCUUCUUCCCAUCUAUCACCAGGUGGCUGUGCAAUUUGUGGACCUCCAUGAUACACCAGGGAGAAUGCAGGAAAAGGGUGUCAUCAUGGACAUUCUGGACUGGAAGAAUGCUAGGUCUUUCUUUUAUUGGCGUCUGCGGCGACUGCUGUUGGAGGAGGUGGUAAAGAAUGAAAUUGUGCUGGCCAACAAGGACCUGAGCAACGGACACAUUCAGUCCAUGCUGCGCCGCUGGUUUAUGGAGACAGAAGGGACAGUAAAAGCAUACCUGUGGGACAAUAACAAAGUGGUAGUAGAGUGGCUGGAAAACCAUCUCUCACAGCAGGAUGGAACACGUUCUGUCAUUAGAGAGAACAUCAAGUGCUUGAAAAGGGAUUACGCGCUCAAACACAUUCGCAGCUUAGUCCAGGCCAACCCAGAAGUUACUAUGGACUGCAUUAUCCACAUGGCACAGAACAUCACUCCCUCACAGAGAGCCAAAAUCUGCCACCUGCUGGCCACCAUGGACAACUCAACUACCAGCUAAUCUCAUCCAUUAAGUAACUCUUAAUAACGCAACACAUUCUUGUGCUACACUGAUAGUAAACAUACAGUAUGUCAUUAAGACAUAGCGGUACAUCUAAUAUGAUUUAACAACUUUUUGAAUAUUUUUAGUAAGUAAAGAGCCUUAAAAGGUAACCAAAAGCGAUUUAAUAAAUGUUUUGUUCUGUUUCUCAGGAUAAGGGCAUUGGUCCGUAACUUUAAACACGCACAGUUUCAAAUGUCAAGUGAUCAUGUAGUUCACUCAUCUUAGUGCACAGUUUCUGUGUGAUUCACAGUGGACAAUGUUAGGACAAAAUGUCUCACUUGAGCCCUAUAACAUUACUGCCAAGAGCGAAACCAGUAUAUACAUAGUAUAUCUUUGCUUCACAUUUGUGCCUUUUGUGUCAUUUAUGUGGAAAUAGCCGACAGAUGAAUGUGCAAUAAACUGAAAACACUGAAUAAUAGAAUUUAUGAUGUUUUAGGCUCACCAAUACAUGCUACGUGACACUUUCUCAGGAAAAUGUUCAAUAAUUAAACUAAAACUCAUUAUUAAAACUCUUUUAUUAGAGCAAAUUAACAGUAUUAUAACUAAAAUAAUCACUUUGCCUUUAGAAAAAAGCUUGUUUUGCAUGUGUGUAAAUACAGUAUCAGGGUAAGUCUUAAUAUCAACUUUAAUUACCAGUGUUUAACAAAUGGUUACCAUGAUUAGGCUAAUGCAACAUUAGAUUAAAGAUGAAUGCAAAUUCAAAUAUUUUGAUUAAUAUAUUUUACUGUAGUCAUGAAUUACUGAUCUGUAGAGUGUUAUAUAAUGUUUUUUAAUUACUUAUUAAUGAAAGUUAUUAUGUGUUAUCACUGGCUGUUCUACUGUCUGUUUUUUCUGGUUGGAUUUUGGUUGUGUCAUCGAAAUGAUGUCUCGUAAAGACUACUCCAUCCUAUGAUUAUUUUUAUUUUUUUGACUGCAGGAAAUACUUGUUUUUAUGAAUGCCAUGUGUGCUGGAUCUAUGAAUUGAUAAAUAUGUGUACCCACUGGUGCUGUGCUGUACACAAUAUUAGCUUCUGAAUUUUGUGUCUUUAAACCAUAAGUGAAAUUAAGACCAUAGAAACGGCUCUGAGUGCCUUUAUUGACUGUAUCAGGUUGUUUUUAAUAAGAAAAACUCUUAAUUAUGCAAUAUUAAAUAAUUUACAUUUAAGUUGUAGUCAUCUUUCCAAUUCCUAAUAAUUAUUUUUUGUUAAAGGAAUAUGGGUUGGGUCAUAUUUAUACUCAUGACUGAAAAAAGAUCAGUAGUAAAUAUAUACUUUUCUAGUGUGCUAGUUUUUUGUCUAUGCGUGCUGUAUUCUGUACACUCGACACUGUGACUGAGACAUGUUGACUGAAGUGUCUGAUAAAGACAUAUUAACAUUUUAUUUGAGUGGUAUGAAUAAAUACACAAUCAUUCUUUUUUUAAUAUUGUAAAAUUGUAUUGCUUGCAGUCAUUUGAAAUCUGUAGAUAUGUACAAUAAUAAUGAUUCAUGUCACCAUUUCUGCUCUUUUCAUAAAUAUAAAUAAUGAAACACAAAAAUUAAGAGCAUGUAUAGUGCCUAUCACAGUACAAAAAGGACACACAACUACAAUUACAAAGCUAACAGUUACAUUGACAAAAUAAGAAAACAAGUCUCUUUUAUGGUACAGCUUGGCGACCUACCCAUAGUCAUAAUUUCCAUUAUUUCUCCUGUUCCUUUAGUGUUGUGUAUAACUCAUCAGUUGGAUUAUGUUUAUUAGAAGAGCAACACUGCAGUUCCUAUUAAUGAUGUUUGGCAACAAUGCCAGUACAGCAAUCUGCACUGUACUGUUAUUAAAAAUUAUUCAACCCCUUCUGAGUCAUAUUCUCUUACGUGGCAAAUUGAAUAAAAACUUAAUGGCUGAUUUGGUCCCUUAAAUUCCACACGAGUCACUCAUGUAUAUAGACAAUGCUGUUAGCCAGCUGUAAAA